GAUGGUUUGGGCACCACUCCGUUCUACCAUUCCUAUAGUCAGGCUACGGCUGAAGCCCCCCUCUUCAUGCAUAGCGAACGCGCAUUUGUAUUUUUUGCGGUCGUCACCUCACAGGAAGUAUGCAACACACCGCGACACUACAUCCUCGCUGCUUUCUUCCGCCUUGGACAAGAAGCAGCACGCUGCUCAGAGGGAUGACACAGUCGGACCAUUCCAACUAGGCAUCUCUCAAGCGCAGCUUGCUCAACAGCAGAAGCAGAAGAAGUGGUCAGAGCUCAGCACAGGUGGAAAAGUUGUUCGUACAGGCCAACGUACAUCAAAUUUGAUCGUGAUCCUGCUCGGUGCUGGCCUCUCAGCAGUGCUAGUUUACGCGCUUACGUCGGAGCUUUUCUCCAAAAACUCUCCCACCGUUGUUUAUGGAGACGCUUGCAAGCGCAUUGAGGCAUCCCCAAAGGUUGCCACCCAUCUGCACGGACCUCUUACUUUCCACAACAACCCUCCCUCAGCUGUGCGGCCGCGUCAUCGUAACCGACAUGUCUCUUCUCAAAUUGCAGUUGACUCCUCCGGACGAGAGCACAUGCUUCUGAACUUCUAUGUGGAAGGCCGUGAUCCAAAUUCGAAGUCUGCAACCUUUGCUUCAAUGACCGAGGAUGGCUUUUGGGAUCGUUUCUCGGAUAUUACCCUCGAUGACAGUGUCGAUUGGAUAAAAGGACGCGGAUGUGAUGCUAUAGAAGCUUCAAAGCGGGUAUUCAAGUAUCUGAGUGGUGAAUUUGUUCCUGGUCCCGCUCCGGCGCAUGACAAGCCCCCGGAAACGGAGGACAAGGAUGAAAAAGGUGGUUUUUGGAGUUUUGCCGGCGUGUUUUCUGGCAUCAAAAGCUCGCGAACAUCUCGGCAAAGCAGUAGUGACCACAGUGGACAAUUUUUCGCUGAGGGUGAGGUUCAUGCGGACCUCGUCAGAAAUGAUGAUGGUUACUUUGUCUUCCGUUAUCUCCUGAUAGACUUCCCCAAUUCGGAGAGUCGCAACACUGUUCGUGUGUUUGUCGAGAAAGCACCCGGUGUCCGGGAGACAGAGCCUAUAAUGCGGUGGAGAUCAUCGUAAGAUGGGUCUCGCUCGCCGUGACUCCCGAACUCUUCGUCAUCAUUUAUCGUUACUUCGCCGUUUGUUUAAUCGCAGUCAGAUUGCAUUGUCCCCCAUUGAUGGCGUCCACGCUGUAUUAUAUUGUACAAUGAAAUAAACCCAAACCAGCUCUGACGAUAUAGACCAAUUACUCUCCGAAAAGCUUCUGUACGCGCUUCAGCACAGAAUCUUUUGAUGGAUCAUAUGGAUGGUCCUU